AUGGUAAGCCUGUGCUGGCAUCUGUUUAAAAAGUGAAUAACAAGUUGAUGAACUAACAGGAUAUAUUAGCUCAAUAAAUAAUUGGCAGCAGUCUUAUUUAUUUUGUUUAUUCCAUAAUUUGGACAAAUUCAGGUGAAUAUUAGUUCUAUAGGACACUUGUCAUCUUGUCAAGUAUCAAUCACAGUUCCCUCUCCACAUGAAAGGCAGAUCUAACCACCAUGCUCUACAUCUCCUAUUCUUUUUUAUUGAUUCCUUGCAUUUGACCAGUUAAACUCCAUCAGGCUGAGCCUGAAAAUACUGGUUGUUCUCUUUCAAUUUACAAGCCAUUUCUGUGGUGCCCAAUGGAUAACAAGGUAGAAAAUCGUGGUCCCAUAUCCAGCUGAUGAUGCAAAAGCCAUGUCCUUCAUAAAAAUUAAUAUAAGUUUGUGCGUAAUAUGUUUACCCUUAAAUUUAUAAUAUUAGUAAUUUGGGAUAUAUCCUUGGCAUCUUGUUUCAGAAAUGACCAUUUUUUUAAAUUCAUUUUUGAAAGGAUUUCAAAAAUCAUGGCCUGAAGAAAGUCUGUGUAAUUACAGAUCAAAAGGUAAGAUUCAACUUUUUAAAAAAAUGUAUGUAUUCAUAUUUAUAUAUAUAAAAAUUAUUUGUUGCUUUAAAUCAUUAUCAUCAACCACCUGAGUUCUUGUUAAAUUUGUAUCGCUUCAUUUUUUUUAUAGUACCAAGAAGAAAAAGAGUGUAAUUAACCAACAGUUUUUAUCAUGACAUUUAUAGCUUGUAAAUUUACCUCCUGUUCAAGCAGCCAUCGAGUCUCUGGAAACAAAUGGAGUCAAUUAUGAACUUUAUGACAAGGUCAGGAUUGAACCUACAGAUGCAAGGUGAAUACAGUGUUCUACUUUUGGCCCUGUCACACCCAAGGGUACCCUACCAGGGGUUAUUCAAGGGUUACAUUGAGUGGAAACUGGCAAACUAUUUUUUAGGGUUUGAAAUUCAUGAUUAGUGAUUUUUUCUGGUAAGAAAAUUUUGGCUUGUAUUUUGUUGGGUUCGUAUUUUACAAUGGAUUUUUGUGGUUUUCAAAAAAUUUGGAAAGAUUUGUGGUCUAAAAAUUAAUGAAGAAAAAUCUCUAGCUUCUGGCAAAGUAGAAAUUUUUUGGAGGAAAAUGUAUCCCUAAACAAAUACCUAGUAUGCAUUAGUAUGGAAAAGAAGUGGGCCCUUUUUUUGCUAUGCAGCUGUGUAGUCAUGUGGCAUGAAACACCAUACUGGUCUCUGACACACAGAGAAUUUGUUUAUAGGAAGGAUCUUUAAACUAAGGAUUGAGGUAGGCUCUUAAUUUGUCUCUUUGUCCCACAGCCAGUGCCCUACCAAGUUUAAAUCUGUUCACUAAAUAAAUCUUUUGUUUCUCUUAGUUUUAAGGAUGCUAUAGAUUUUGCCAAGAGAGGUCAGUUUGAUUCCUUUCUAGCUGUGGGCGGUGGAUCAGUGAUUGACACAGCAAAAGCUGCCAAUCUUUACCUAUGCCAUCCUGAGAAUAAUUUCCUAGAUUUUGUGAACGAACCUAUUGGUAAAGGAAUGCCAGUUAACAAAGUUCUGAAGCCAUUGAUAGCAAGUAAGGAAACUCCUUUGUAUCAUGUACUGUAGAACACUUUAGUUUCAAAAUCUGUCCAAAUGCACUUUUGAGACUUGUUUUGUAGAAACCAAAAUUGAAGACAAAACGAGGAAGUUUCAUUUCCUACAAGUGAGGCAGACAUGCUUCUUUUAAUACAUGCAAGUAGAUCUAUCUUGUUGCUGUUCAUCGGCAAGGAGAAGGUUCUAUAGCGAGGAAGUCAAAGGUUUAGCAAAAAAACAGACAUUUUGUGGGUUCUCCCUCUUCUUCAGUGGUUUUAGUUGAAAGUGAAAGUUAGCGCACGCAAAUAACGUUAUGUCUUUGUUUUUAUUUGAACGGAAAGUUGCAUUUGCAGUUGCUUUCAGACCACUGGAAACUUUGCUAAAACUUUGCCUUUCACACUGUUUAUUGCAUUGCACAGUUUCUACAAUGAGAAAGUUUCUAAGGAAUACAUACUGUGAAUUUGGCAAAUUUUGAAUUGUUUUGUCUUGAAACUGACUUGAAACUGAAGCAGAAGUAUCUUUAUAUUUGAACCAAAAUCCAGAAACUGAACUUGUUAAGUGUCAAGGAACAUAACCUUGCAUUUCAACAGUGAUAAUGUAAAAUAUGAUGAUUUACAAUUUAAAGAACUUACAUGCAAUAAUAUAUAUAAUUAUUAUAUAUUGAUCUGAUAAAUAUAUUUUUUUAAAUUCACAGUUCCAACAACUGCAGGAACAGGUAAGCGUGGAUGUUUAUUUUUGAAAACUUCUCCUGUGUCUCUCAUUAUUUAAUAAAUGCAUUGUGAGGGUGGGGUUGCUGUGCUAGUUUAGUGGGAGAGCAGGAGAUUACUGUAUUACUAAUAGUACUCACCAUCUCUUCCAUUUACUGCUUAUAAUCCCUCGGUGUGUCUGUCAUUUUAUUCUGGUUUUUACAUUAGCAUUGACUGAUUGAUUGAUUGGAUUCAACUUGUCCAACCUUGAUCCCAUGGUUGUCUCCUACCCAUCCCAACGCUCCGUAGGGUUGGGUAGAACCCUUGAACGAGGUUGCAACUUGUCAGCUAUUAAUUAAUCAUACAUGAAUUUUCAGGUAGUGAGACUACUGGUGUAGCUAUCUUUGAUUACGAGCCACUAAAAACCAAAACAGGUAAUUCUAGCUUACAUUUUACCUUGUUUUUAUAUGGAUUGAGAGGCUACCUUUUGUUUUCACGCAUAUUCGUUUGAAAGCUAUUCGAAAGUAACUCUACUACUAGCACUUUAAAAGUGAGACUUCAAUUUUGGAAGAAGCUAAACUCCUUAUAAAUUUCUUGACAGGUAUUGCAAACCGUGCUAUCCGACCCUUGCUAGGAAUUGUUGAUCCUUUACAUACCCUGCACAUGUCCGAGAGAUUGACAGCUAACAGCGGAUAUGACGUAUUAUGGUAAGACUGACAGCACUCGAACGUUAGUGGCUAGUUUUCUUAGAUCAGCGGAUAUGACUUAUUAUGGUAAGAUUGAUAGCACUUGAACGUUAGUGGCUAGUUUUCUUAGGGUCAGCGGAUAUGACGUAUUAUGGUAAGACUGAUAGCACUUGAACGUUAGUGGCUAGUUUUCUUAGAUCAGAAAGAUGUUGGAUAGUUCUGUGGUUUAGUCUAGGUUUCUGUGAGUGAAGGGGCUGACAGGUUUUCUCCUAUGAUCGAUUGUUCCUUUUUAGCCACGCUAUCGAGUCGUACACGGCCAUUCCUUACCAGAUGCGUGGUCCUCGCCCUCUGAAUCCUAAUUUGCGCCCAGCGUAUCAAGGCAGUAACCCGGUCAGUGAUGUUUGGUCCAAACAUGCACUUGGUAUUGUAGCAAAAUACUUAAAAAGGUAAGUCUUGUUACGGCAUGACGGUAUGUCUCACAGAUGGUUUAAGUUUGAAAGAAUCGUGGGGCUGUACAAGCUCGUUGUAUGGAUAUAACAAAACGAGCCCGAAGUCUUAUUUAGAUCCCAAGGUAAGACUAGCUGUAUUAUGUUAUGCUACUGACUUGUUAAACCAUAGUCAAACGAGACUCCUUUGCAAACAGUGCACGUUAUGGUCUGCAUCUUAAGUAUGUAUUCACCGGCGUGAUACUGUAGCAGCUAAUCAACCGCAUGACUCAAGAGCAUGCUUUGUGCCCCGCCCCUCGCUGUUAACGAGGGUCUAAACACUUACUCAAAGACAAACAAUUAUUUCAUCAGAUCAAUCAAGGAUUCUGAGGACCUUGAAGCCCGGUCCAAUAUGCAUUUGGCGAGUGUUUAUGCUGGAGUAGGGUUCGGAAAUGCUGGUGUACACUUAUGGUAAGCCGCUACACAUUGUGUUUAACAACAUGAAGCAUUUUUGGUCAAUUCGUUUGCAGUCUGGUUAGUCUGGUUGACUUACCUGACGAAGAAAGAGUGGGGAUUGGCUAAAUUCGCCGAGAAGAAAUGAUACUGUUUUUGAAUGAACUCCUUAACUUAUUAAUCUAAGUAAGGAAGUAGUGCUACUGUGGCUAACCUAUUGAUCGUUUUGAGAAAACACACAAUACUGACAUAUCACUACUGUUUAACCGGCAGUUUAUGUCUCGGAUGAAACUUUAUCCAUCGUUAUUGCUAACGAUCACCCUUUACGUCUGUAGUCAUGGGAUGUCCUAUCCCAUCUCCGGCCUCGUCAAGUCUUACAAAGCUAAGCAGUAUGAAGUGGAACACCCUCUUGUGGUAGGACACUGUAAAAGUUAUAAUUUUUUAUGAGAGACAAAGAAAAUGUGUUGGCCCAAGUGUCUACUUUAUGAUAUACUUAACUGCCUUCGUGUAAAGCCGGCAAUUUUAAUCUUUUUGCAGAUGACUACCGCACAGGAUGUUGAAACGUCAGUCACUAUCAACAACAACAGUCCUAUUCAGGACCACGUUCACCCGGACGAUCAAACGCAACCUACUCAUGAAAUGACUAGCCUGCGGUGCAGCCAGCCCACGUAUCGCAUAUAGUGUAUCGCAUAUAGCUAUGAACAAGGUUUAAAGUGUCUGCGCGCAGGCUAGAAAUGACUCCUGGGUUCAAACGAUUCAGCAGUGGCAGAUCCAGGGGAGGGGCCCGGGGGGGGCUGCCACUCNGUCUUUGUUUAUUAGCCACAUGGUUUGUCUGUAGUAGUUACAGCACCUGCGGUGUUUCGCUUCACGGCGCCAGCAUGUCCUGACAGGCAUUUGGAAGCAGCAAAAAUCCUUGGUGAGCCCAUAGUUAACCCUGUAUUGUUUACUGAAAGGUCUAUCUUAGUCAACAACUGCCUUUCUUUCCAGAGUACAACUACGAAAUUAUGAGUUUUCACAAUAAAAUGAUAAAGCCACAGAUUAGUUUGAGAAACAAAUAACUGAACCAGCUCUUAAAAAUAGAUUUAACUCAUAACAGGAUGUAUAACGUGUGGAUGGAGAGGAUAUUUUCACGAACUACGUACGAAUUUUAUCUCUUGAUACUUUUCUUUUGUUGAUCCGUGCACAGUUGAGUAUUCUCUCUCUGACUUGUUUAGGUGCGGACACAAAUAACGUUAAGUUGGCAGAUGCCGGGCUAUUGCUGUCGGACACUCUUCGGGAUUUCAUGCACAGUACCGGGGUAGAUAAUGGACUUACCGCCCUGGGUUAUAAACCGGAAGACAUUCCAGCGCUUGUCAGAGGAACACUGCCUCAACAUCGUGUAACAAAACUUGCCCCAGCCGGGGCCCCAGGAGAAGACGAACUUGCACGACUGUUCGAGGAUUCCAUGACGGUGUAUUAGCGUGUUUUAUUACUGGAAAACUGAUGAUGAUUCAAAUGAUGCAUCUGAGAGAUUCGACUGGCGUAGUUAAAACUCAAAAAUUACACACCAUGUUAACUUGUGAGCUUUUAAGUGAACAAUUUUUACUACAGUUUUCGAGACCCGGCGAGGGUACAAUUGACCUUAACAGAAUAUAGGUCAGAAUAAGAACAGCUUCUGAUAGAAUCCACAAAUCCUCAAAUUACUACAUGUAUUAAACAGAAGCAUGUUUACUACGUUCGACGCAGAAGAACACACCUCUAUGACAGACUUGGAGUAAGAUUAUAUAGGACAAUGUGAAUUAAGCAAGUCUUAGCACACACCUGGCAUCUCUAAAGAUUUUGCAGGGGUGAAUGACAUCAUCACCUACUUGUCAAAGGAGAGAGAAACUGUACUUAGAACGCACACCGUAAUCAUUGAUUAUUACUGUUUAUGUCACUUUCAGUGAUUGACGAGUUUAAUUUGAAUAACCAUCUUGGUCCAGAGAUAAUUGAUCUACAGACACGGAACUAAGAAACACUUGUACAAAAGGGGUUGUGUGGAAAAAUUGCCAAUAAGGAGAAGGAAAUUCACAAACACAAAGUUAAUUACAGCCGUUAGACUCUAGUUUUACGUUGUAAACCAUCUUAAGUGUUGCUGAAAUUUCAUUAGCAAAUUAUUUUUUAUCUCUUAUCUCCGAAAAACUAAAGGUGGG